CGACUUCUCGGCUUCCGUAGGCGGACGGUCCGUGGCCCGGAUGUUGAUAUGCCACCUGCCCCGGAAACGGUGUCGGGAGGUUCAAGGGGACAGAGGCGGCGUUGCCGGGCUCUCCGGAAGGAGACGUGGCGGUGGUUGGGACCCCGGCUUCCACUGCUCUUUGUGGUCCCGCCUCCUCCUCCUCCUCCCCCCUCUCCCCCCCUCCUCCCCCUCAUCUCCUCUGUGGGGAGAGGAGAUCGUGGCGGCGGCUGGAGAAAGCGGCGGCGGAGGAUGGAGGAAGGAGGCGGCGGUGCGCGGAGCCUGGUACCCGGAGGGCCGGUGUUCCUAGUCCUCUGCGGCCUCCUGGAGGCGUCUGGCGGCGGCCGAGCGCUCCCCCCACUCAGUGAUGACAUCCCUUUCCGAGUCAACUGGCCCGGCACCGAGUUCUCUCUGCCCACAACUGGAGUUUUGUAUAAAGAAGAUAAUUAUGUCAUCAUGACAACUGCACAUAAAGAAAAAUAUAAGUGUAUACUUCCCCUUGUGACAGGCGGAGAUGAGGAGGAAGAAAAGGAUUAUAAAGGCCCUAAUCCAAGAGAGCUGUUGGAACCACUAUUUAAACAGAGCAGUUGUUCCUACAGGAUUGAAUCGUAUUGGACUUACGAAGUAUGUCAUGGAAAAUACAUUCGGCAGUACCAUGAAGAAAAGGAAACGGGUCAGAAAGUAAAUAUUCACGAGUACUACCUUGGAAAUAUGUUGGCUAAGAACCUUCUAUCUGACAAAGAUCAAGAAGCAGAGGAGAGAGAAAAAUCAAAAGAGAUUCCCACUAAAAAUAUCGAAGGUCAGAUGACACCCUACUAUCCUGUGGGAAUGGGAAAUGGUACACCUUGUAGUUUGAAACAGAACCGGCCCAGAUCAAGUACUGUGAUGUACAUAUGUCAUCCUGAAUCUAAGCACGAAAUCCUUUCAGUAGCUGAAGUUACAACUUGUGAAUAUGAAGUUGUCAUUUUGACACCACUCUUGUGCAAUCAUCCUAAAUAUAGGUUUCGAGCGUCUCCUGUGAAUGACAUAUUUUGCCAGUCGCUGCCAGGAUCACCGUUUAAGCCCCUCACCCUGAGACAGUUGGAACAGCAGGAAGAAAUACUAAGGGUGCCUUUUAGAAGAAAUAAAGAGGAAGAUUUGCAGUCAACUAAAGAAGAGAGGUUUCCAGCAAUCCACAAACCCAUUGCUGUUGGCUCUCAGCCGACGCUCACUGUUGGAACUACCCACAUAUCCAAACUGACAGAUGACCAACUCAUAAAAGAGUUCCUUAGCGGUUCUUACUGCUUUCAUGGGGGUGUUGGUUGGUGGAAAUAUGAAUUCUGCUAUGGCAAACACGUAUAUCAGUACCAUGAGGACAAGGAUAGUGGGAAAACCUCUGUGGUUGUGGGGACUUGGAACCAAGAAGAGCAUAUUGAAUGGGCUAAGAAGAAUACUGCUAGAGCCUUUCACCUGCAAGAUGAUGGUACCCAGACAGUCAGGAUGGUGUCACACUUUUAUGGGAAUGGAGAUAUUUGUGAUAUAACUGACAAACCAAGACAGGUGACUGUAAAACUAAAGUGUAAAGAGUCAGAUUCUCCUCAUGCUGUUACCGUAUAUAUGCUAGAGCCUCAUUCCUGUCAGUAUAUUCUUGGGGUUGAAUCUCCAGUGAUCUGCAAAAUCUUAGACACAGCAGAUGAAAAUGGACUUCUUUCUCUCCCCAACUAAGGGGCAAUCAAGUUGGGAGAAAACCAAGAUCACUGAAAGUCAUGUUGAUUUCUUCCUUCUGUGACCAUGUGUCUCGUUAGCGUUCUCAGCCAUUGGACCUCAUCUGAAGGAUUGUAUGAAAGGACUCUCAAUGACUUUGUGAAUAUCUAUGUGUAUAUAAGAGCUUAUUGAUAAACUUCUAAGGCACACUUGUCUCACUUCUUCAUUUGUGUUAUCUGAUGAAACAACUGUGUGUGUUUUUCUUUGCUUGGAUAAUGUGAUUCCAAAAUAAAUCUUGUCCAAGCAAUUUAGAGUCCAGACUAAUCAAAUGGAAUCAUCGUCGUACCUAUAGAAAUUUUUAAAUAACAGGCUUAUUAUGUAAAUUAUAGGAUAUAUAACUAUUCAAUGAAGAAAGAACUGAAUGAGAGAUGGUUUAAAUGAGAGACCAUGUAAAAUAUGUAAACUUGGGGGCCUGAAAUCCUUUCAGCCACGUGUUAUUCAGCACCAGUCUCCCAGGCAUUAAAGCAGACACUGGGCGUACAGUAGGCCCUCCGCGUAGGUUUUCUUCCCUUCUUCAGCUCUGCGAAUCUCACGUUUGUGAUAGCUGCUUCUCUCAGACUUUCUUUUAUCUCUUCUUUCUCCUUGCUGCUUGUGUUUUCCUGCGGUAGGCACCUGGUGUUGAUGAGUCGGAAUCAAUUCAACGGCAACAGGUUUGGAUUUUUUUCCCCUGGAUUUUGAACCUGGUGUGGACAGUCGGUAUCUUCUAUUUAACUUAGAAUGUUUGCCCUGACCGAGUGCACUGAGCUGGCUGUCCGUUGGCCUCACCCCCUGUACGCUGCGGAUUUUAGUUCUGGACAGUUUUUCGGCACA